CUCUGUGCUUUACGGGCCCGGGAAGCUCCUGUUACGCAUGCGCUGAAGUCUCUCGCCUGGUGGUGUAACCUAGCAACGGGAGAAGCCGGACGCGUUAGGAAAAGAGCGAGGUGACGGACGUUGUGGGUUCUUGGGAACGCAGCUACCCGUGUAAACAGUAGUGUACAGAUCUCCCUGAACUGGUUUUAGAGGAUAGAACAAAUCCAGUGAACUAGCAAGGAAAAGAAGACAAUUGACUUGGAUCCUGGUUACAGGCGGUGGGGGUAAAAAAGAAUGGGUAAAAAAAUUAAAAAGGAAGUGGAGCCUCCUCCCAAGGAUGUGUUUGAUCCUUUAUCAGUUGAAAGCAAGAAAGCCGCAACUGUGGUGCUGAUGCUCAGUUCUCCUGAAGAGGAAGUUUUGUCUAAAGCAUGUGAAGCUAUCUAUAAAUUUGCAUCAAAAGGUGAAGAAAAUAAGCUGACUCUUCUUGACCUUGGAGCCUUGGAACCUUUAUUUAAAUUAGUUACACAUGAAGACCCUAUUGUCCGCAGAAAUGCCACCAUGGUAGUUGGGGUGAUGGCUUCUCACAAUGAUGUGAAAAAAUCAUUAAGACAGCUAGAUGUUACAAGUGCAUUUAUAGCUCGCCUGGCACCGGAAGAAGAUGUCGUCACCCAUGAGUUUGCCAGCCUUUGUCUGGUACACAUGGCAGCAGAAUACAACAGUAAAGUGCAAAUAUUUGAGCAAGGUGGACUAGAGCCGCUCAUCAGCCUGCUAGGAAGUCCUGAUCCUGAUGUUAAGAAGAAUUGUGUUGAAUGCAUCUAUAACAUGGUACAGGAUUUUCAGAGUCGUGCUGCAGUUCGUGAACUAAAUGUGAUUCCUCCUUUGUUGGAUCUUUUGAAGUCUGACUAUCCAAUUAUUCAGUUGUUAGCUCUCAAAACCUUAGGUACUAUUUCCAUUGAUAGAGAAACCAGAGUUAUGCUAAGAGAACAUCAAGGAUUAGACCAUCUUUUCAAGAUACUUGAAACUAAGGAAUUUAAUGAUUUACAUGUUGAAGCUCUCGGAGUGGUGGCAAAUUGUCUUGAGGAUGUGGAUACUAUGCAAUUGAUUCAGGAGACAGGGGGCCUCAGAAAACUACUUGCCUUCACUGAAGUUUCCACUCUCACCGAUUUUCAGAAGAAUGCAGCAAAGGCUAUUGCUAAAGCAGCUUACGACCCUGAAAACAGAAAAAUCCUGAAUGAACAAGAAGUUGAAAAAUGUCUAGUCACCCUUUUGGGAACCGAUAAUGAUGGAACUAAAAUAGCUGCUUCUCAAGCAAUCGCUGCUAUGUGUGAGAAUUUAGCUAGCAAACAAACCAUUGGAACUCUAGGAAUUCCCCAGCUAGUUCAGUUGCUAAGCAGCGACAAUGAAGAGGUAAAGGAAGCUGCUGCUACUGCUCUAGUUAAUCUGACAACAGCUCACCCUGCCAAUGCAAGUGCAGUGGCGGAAGCUGAUGGCAUUGAGCCACUGAUCAACCUUCUGAGUUCUAAGAGAGAUGGGGUCGUUGCAAGUGCUGCUACUGUUCUCACCAACCUGGCCACCCAGGAGCCUCUGCGUCUCAGCAUCCAGAGCCAUGGUAUUAUGACAGCAAUUGUAGAACCACUGCAUUCCACCAACAGCAUAGUGCAAAGCCGAGCAGCUCUUACCGUCGCUGCAGUUGGUUGUGAUGCGGAUGCCAGGACUGAGUUGCGGAAUUCAGGAGGGCUUGACCCUCUUAUUAAGCUCCUAUAUUCUAAACAUGAUGAAGUCCGAAGAAAUGCCUGUUGGGCUGUUAUGGUUUGUGCAGCUGAUGAUCCAACCGCUGCUGCAAUGACCAGGCUAGGUGCUUUAGAUAUCCUUGAAGAAAUUAACCUGUCCAUUGGGCGCAAAAACAACUUCAGUGAUGCAGCUUUGGAUUCAAUACUUGAUCACAACCUUCCACAGAAAUAUAGCCAAAUGGGUUUUUUAACAUCCAGCAACAUAAUAACAGAUGGGUUCUAUGACUUUGGACAGGUAAAACCAGGUGUAAAACUACUGUCACUGGAGGAACUCAGUGCUCAGCAGCUUAAUGAUCGCCGUGCUAUAAUCUUAGUAAAUUCUAAAACACCAGAACUUGAACUCACAGCUCCUCCUGUUGCAACAGAUGAAAAAUCACCACAAGAUUUUCUUAGCAGCCGAGUUACAAACUCCAGCAGUAGUACUAACAGAAAAAUUAGUAGAGAAAGAGCUAGCUCAAUCGAGGAGAAGGAGAAGCCAGAAUCUCCAGGACGGUCUUCUUCAGUCAGUAAAGGAGGUGGUAGAGAGAAAGGAUCGAGAAAAGGGAAAGGGAAAAAGGAAGAAGAAAAACCCAAAGAAGAAGAACCGGAGCCAGUGAUGCCUAAAAUAGUGGAAGAAGUUCCUCUAAAGGCCUUAUGGUAUCCCCCUGUUGAUUCCAUCUUGGUGGAUUACAUUACUGAGGUUUCCAAAACAAUUCUCCCACUACCAACCACGAAAGAACAGGUUGUAGCCCUUGCGCAGUUUGUUGCAGAAAAGAUGGGCGGUCCAAUCGAAACAGACAAAUUGCAUGAAUUCAGCUGGGAACUUCAUAUAAGUGAAAUUGAAUAUGAACUGAAAUGCAAUGUCGUGCCUAUUGGGAAGAUCAACAAAGGGACCUUCUACCAUAGGGCCUUACUUUUCAAGGUUCUAGCAGACAGAAUUGGUGUUAGCUGCAGCUUAGUCCGUGGAGAGUACACCAGAGCAUGGAAUGAAGUGAAAUUGGUUGAUGAUUCUCCCUUGGGAAUACCUGGACUUCUGCUUCCCCCUCAAGUAUAUAUUGUAGAUCUCAUGUACCAGCCAGGCAAUCUAAUGAAAGAAGGCAGUCCAGAGGCAGAUCGCUAUGGACGUAUUUAAUUAUAUUUCCAGAGCUCUUUGAAACCAAAAGCUGCUUGUUCGUAAAGCUAAUUAACACAGAGAGGUUUGUAGGGCUCAUUUUCAAAGAUGGGCUGGGUGCCAACUGCAGCACCUUACAUGUACUGAUGAAUCUAGAUAGGCGAGCUGGGUCUUUUGUUUUACUACAUGGAGAUUCUGUCUUAGAAAAAUAUUUGGGGAGCGCCCAGAAUUUCAGCACAAGUUUUGCUUAUAUUUUAAUCAUAUUUUAUUUAUUUUAGUCUCUUGGAAUAAAAUGCAGAUACCAGAAAUUUGAAGUGGGGACUUUAUUCUUUAUAGGUUACGUUUUAAAAUUUUACAGCUCACAAGGGCAUUUGCUGUCACUUUUCCAUUUGAAUGGGGGCAGCACGGCAGUUCCUGUAUUACAUCUUAUUUUUGCCAUGUAUUCGUGGGGGAGAAAGCUAUCCGUUGCUACUAGCCAUAAUGGCUAUGCUCUUACCUCCACAGUCGGAGGCAGAAAUGCUUCUGAGUACUAGUUUCUGGAAACCACGGGAGAGGAGGGUGCUCUUGUGCUCAUGUUCUACUCCCUGGUUUCCCACAGGCAUCUAGCUUGCCACUGUGAGAACAGGAUGCUGGACAAGAUGGGCCAUUGGCAUGAUCCAACAGACUAUUCUUAUGCAUUAAUAGAUCUGUUCUCUUUCUUUUUUUAUUUUUCAAUUUUCAUCAACGAUAAUGACAUAAAACUGAAGUAUAAUAAAUAAAUAGACAAUCAUAGGGCCAAACUAGAUGUGAUGGGGCAGCCGUGAGUGUUCACAUGUCUUCCCUGUUCAUGUGUAAAAGGGAGAGCCUGUGGAGCAUGCAAGGCAUAGAAGUGAAACUAUCCCCACACAUCCGUUUUAGUCAGCUGUGUUCUUCUGCUUGAUUUACUUUUAUCCCAGCAUAGUUCCCAUAAUGCAAGUUAGCUAACUGUGGCAGGGGGAUGGUAGAGCCCAGUUAAGUAUAGGAGGGGAGGGUUUAGCUUCCCUACCCUGUGCUUCUUUUCAUAUUUUAAAAAAUAGACCCACACUCAUACCAUUUUAUAUGUGAAUGGGGCAGACAAAUUUAUAAAAUAAACAUGGCUGCCCCAACACAUGAAGCUUGGCUGUAUCUUGGCAUCCAGCAGCACCCUUAAAUCUGCUUAUAACCCUGAAGCAGGGACAGUGUGAAUAGUGCCUAAUAGAUAGUUCACAUCGAACUAUCAGUUCAGAAACUCCAACUUUAGCUCGGAAUGGGGUAGAUCCAUGGGCAUAACAACUGGUUUGACUGCCUGGAUUCUGGUUACUAGCUCUAGGGAUGGGGGGACAUAUUUGAUUCAUUUCACAUUUGUAGGGGGACCUACCUAAUUUGCACUUUCUAAAACAAUGUGUGAACUGAAACACAGCCAUCCUUUGAAAUUAGCAACAUAACGUGAACAAAAGUAAAGUGUGCAUAAAGUUGCAUAUUGGUAAAAAUAACGUACAAAAAUGUGUUGUCUUUGGGUAAAUGGUAUGCAAAUGUGUAGAUCAGAAGAAAUUCACACUGCUGCUGAAUUUUUUAUAAGGACUUGUUUUCUAAAAAUUCACAAACUGGUGUGGAAAUGUGAAGAAGUGAACUUUAAGAGUGGAAAAACAAGAAACCAAAGUUGAGAUUCACCCAUCCCUACUGGCUGUUGUGGAUAAUAUUCACCCAGCCACAUAGCACAAAACAAAUCAAUCAUUUUUUCCUUGCUUUAUUUUAUUUAUUU